UACAAGGUUCUAUGACAAUUGAACAUUGGACAUCGUGGAAGAUGAAGGCGUUCGUGAUAUUAUGUUUGGUGGCUGUCACCGUUGCCAUGCCAACGGCCAAAGAAGAUGGAGUCAUGGAGAGGUUCAUCUCUGCUCUAAGAGAUUGCGUGGAAACCGAUACGAUGCUGUGUCUUAAGGAGAAGGCGAUGAAAUUCACGGACAAUCUUGCGGUGGCAAAGGAUUUGAAUUUAGUUGAAGGUGUGACCUUCGCAAAGACUGGCAGUCCAAGAUCUGCGCGUAGCUAUGAACCUUUGGACACAGAUCCUAAGGCGAGAGAGAUGCAAGUCGAAGAAAGGAUAAUGGAUAAUGUGGUUGAUUUCUUAGAAAGCCAUGCUCUGCAAUUAAGAAUGCCGAAAUCUUUCAUCGAAGAUAACUCUGUCGAAGAGGAAGGUCGUGGUAAGAAGAAGAAGAAGCUGAAGAAACUCCUUCCUAUCUUAGCUCUGAUUAAACUAAAGCUCGCUGCCUUAGUACCUUUAUUCCUUGGUAUCAUCGCCUUCGCUGUCUUCAAGGCUUACCUCCUCGGCAAGAUAGCUUUCAUCGCCGCGGCUUUCGGAGCUUUGAAGAAGCUUUUAGAAUCAAAGAAGAAUAGUGGCUGGUCUGAACCUCCUCAUGAGGAACAUGGAUGGGAAAGCGGCGGCGGAUGGGGAAGAUCCCAAGAUGCCCAAAACUUAGCUUAUGCUGCCCACGCUAAGCAAUCAUAGAUUACAAUUUAAGUUAUUUAUUUAUUUAUUCGUGUACACUAAGUCUUAAAGCGUUUUUUUAUAUCA